AGCAAUUUCUCUAUCUUUCUCGUCAUCCUGUUUUUCGUACUAAUAUCAUGGCACCUUUACACUAAUCUGACUCUUCUCCUACGGAAAUGCUGCGACUCAUAACUACGAAGGAUGCAUCGAAGGCUUUGUCGUUAAAUCCGACGGUUGGGUCACUCAGACCAAGGAGCACAAAUUUCAUUCGGAAUGCUCUUCUUCGACAGGCCAUUGCGCGGAAUGCUCUUCCACCAAUUUCGUUAGGAUUUGUUCGUUACUAUGCACAGCCUCCAGGAGGAGGAGGAGGGGGCUUUCCGGGUUUCAGCAUGGGGCCUCAGCAUCAGAAGGGAGAGGCCCUGAAGGAGUAUAGUGUGGAUCUGACGGAGUUGGCUAAAAAUGGGAAAUUGGAUCCUAUCAUUGGCAGGGAUGAAGAGAUUCGGAGGACGAUACAGAUCCUAUCCCGGCGAACUAAAUCUAAUCCUGUGCUUAUCGGCUCUCCUGGCGUUGGGAAGACAGCUAUUUUAGAGGGUCUUGCGAGCAGAAUAGUAGCCAAAGAAGUGCCGGAGUCAUUACAAAACAAGCGUGUCCUUUCCAUUGAUCUCUCUGCCAUAAUGGCCGGUUCUGGUAUCCGUGGACAGUUUGAAGAGAAAUUCAAAGCCCUCAUUCGGGAUAUCGAAGACGAGGCUAGGAAUGUCAUAUGCUUUAUUGACGAAGUCCAUACAUUGUUCAAUCUUGGGAAAGCAGAGGGGAGUAUCGACGCUGGCCAAAUGAUCAAACCAGCGCUCGCGCGAGGUCUACAGCUUGUUGGUGCUACCACUCGUGACGAAUACCGCAAAACCAUCGGAAAAGAUGCGGCUCUUGAGCGAAGGUUCCAACCGGUUCAAAUCGAUGAGCCUACCGUAGAAGCCACGAUAUCAAUCCUUCGAGGGCUAAAAUCGAGGUAUGAAGUUCACCAUGGUGUUGAGAUAUCCGACGCCGCGCUCGUCACAGCUGCCGUAUAUUCCGCUCGUUACAUUUCGGACCGUUUCCUUCCCGACAAAGCAAUUGACCUUGUGGAUGAAGCAGCAUCGGCCCUUCGCCUUGCUCAAGAAUCGAAGCCAGAUGAGCUUGAGGCACUUGAUCGAGACGUCAUGACCCUACAGAUUGAGCUGGAAAGCUUGAAAAACGAGUCAGAUGUCUUCAGCGUUGAGCGCAGGCAGAAAGUUGAAGCUGACCUCGCCGCAAAACGUGAAGAGGCAUCUCAACUCACAUUAAUAUGGAAGAGCGAAAGAGCCAGGCUCGACCGCAUAAAGGAUCUUAAAGAGCGUCUGGAAAACGCGAAGCAUCAGCUAGAGGUGGCGCAACGACAGGGUCAAUAUGAACUUGCCAGUCGAUUGCGUUUCUCCACCAUCCCUGAAUUAGAACGGCAGCUCCCUGAUGACAAUGCUGAGCGUCCUGAUGGCGACUCGGAGCCGCCGUUGGCUAUGCUUCACGACAGAGUCACGUCCAACGAUAUCUCCAGGGUAGUCGCAAAGGCUACCGGCAUCCCAGUCCAGAGUCUCUUGAAAGGAGAGAGGGACAAGCUCGUGCAUAUGGAAGAAACGCUGAGACAAAGGGUGGUUGGACAAGAUCACGUUGUCCAUGCUGUCAGUGAUGCCGUACGAAUUUCGCGCGCUGGGUUGCAGGCUCCUAAUCGGCCCGUCGCCUCUUUCCUGUUCUUGGGACCUACUGGUGUCGGCAAGACUGAACUAUGCAAAGCCCUUGCCGGUUUUCUAUUCAAUGACGAGCAACGUGGUCUCACCAACAUCAAUAUGUCUGAGUAUCAUGACCGGCACACGAUAUCCAGGCUCAUCGGAGCUGCCCCUGGCUACGUUGGGUUUGAAGGAGGAGGUCAACUCACGGAAGCUGUACGAAGAAAACCUUAUGCUGUUAUUUUAUUGGACGAAUUGGAGAAGGCCCAUAAGGAUGUGGCUAUGAUUCUACUCCAAAUUUUGGACGAGGGGAGUAUCACGGAUAGCCAAGGGAGAAAAGUGGAUUUCAAAAACACAAUCAUCUGCCUGACAAGCAACUUGGGUAUGUGGAUAAGCAGCCGUCUUCACGACUUACUAAAGUACACACCAGGAAGCGAUAUUCUUGCUCAUUCGACCUCUUGCAAUGAGGAUGGUGUCGUCACACCAGAAGCUAGAGAUGAAGUUCUCGAACGCACGUCUUCCUAUUUCCCUCCCGAACUGCUGAAUCGGUUGGACACGAUGCUCGUCUUCAAUAAAUUGUCACGCCAAUCAAUCCUCCAAGUCGUGUCGCUCCGGCUAAAUGACGUCGCCGAUAGACUAAAACACCGAAGAAUAACAUUGGAUGUCGACGAAGAUGCAAAGGAGUGGCUCGCUAAGCAAGGAUACUCGGAGGUUUAUGGUGCUCGGGCUAUUGCCCGGGUUGUCCGGACCGACGUGCUAUUCCCGUUGGCGCAAAAGCUGCUCAGAGGGACCAUCAGGGAUGGCGAUACUGUUGUCAUUCGCACAAGCAGUGAAGAAAACUCUUUACUCAUCCAGGAUAACCAUCCUGAGGACCCUAGUGUUGCCUCUGAAGCAGCUGCAAAAGCAAACGCAGAGCUACGUUAGAUCUACAUCGUAUUCUAUUAACCUGCUGUACCUCACCUUUUAGACCACUCCACUCACUGUACUAUAUAGCACAUAUUAGUUCAAAGUUAACGCAUCUACAAUGUAUAGCGCCUGUGUCAACCCAUUCAUCAUCAUCUUCCGCAUUUACUCACCCCGAAAACCACUGAUUGAAAUCCCAAACCUUAUCCCUGAUGGCGCUCCACCGUCGUUGCGAGGCACUGCAAGAUAAAGUUGAACGUUGAACGAUGAGACGGGUCAUUCUAUGCCUAGCUGUGACCAGGGUGAAGCGCCUACCAGGUUGUCGAUAGUUCUUUACCCUCCGAGUCUGCAAUUGGUGAUGACGAAGAGAGCACUCUUAGGGAGUCGGAAGUGAGUCCUCCAUGGGA